AUGGUCUCCGUGGUCUCAUCCAGGACAGCCAUUGUGCCGCUGCUAUUGCUGUCGGUCGCUCGGCAUUUCGCCCAGGCGCACACGUGGAUCGACUGCCUUGACACAGACCGCUCCAAGCUCUACGACCAGAGCGCGUCUUACAUCUUCGGCGGAGCAGGGGGCAACGGAUUCUGCGCAGGCUACGGCGCGGGCUACCCUGGUCGCGGUGACUCCAGCAUCGGCACGGAAUACACGCACAAAGUGCUGAAGAACGAAGUCGAGGCUGGCGCUCCCGUGUGCGAGGAUGUCGGUCCGAACACUUACGGGGAUUGGCGCAAGCGGUUGUCGGUGACGCCAGGACAGACCGCGUACUUUGCCUAUCUGCCUAACGGACACAUCGUCAAGGACAAGAAGGGCGUCGGAACCCAGCACGGAGUCUACUGGACCGGUCAGGCCGGCACAUCGCUCCAGUCCACGCUCGACAUGAAGCCCGAGAAUCUGUUGGACGGGCACACGAUGGACUACGACGAUGGAAACUGCGGCGAGACGGUCGACUACAACGGGAACCCCAGUGGCCGUGCAGGUGACGGCAAGCCCUGCAUCGGCUCGUUCGUUGUGCCGGCGGGUACAGCCCCCGGAACCUACAGCAUGGUCUGGUACUGGACGUUCUGGCUGGACAACCAGGGCGCGUAUAAGGACCAGGAGAUGGCCAAGGGGUACUUUGGCGCGGCGUACUCGACCUGCUUCGAGGUGGAAGUGACGGGCGGUGACGGUGGCAAUUCAUCUACGACGCAGCAGCAGCAACAGCAGCAGCAGGGCCCCGGGACGGUAGCGCCGUUCAACCCGACCCAGGAUCAGGUUGGAGCUGAAGCUGCUUUGAUGCCUCCUCCGGCAGUCACGCCGGCGCCGACGCAACCUUCGACGCCGCCCAUUGUUGCAGCAGCAGCGCCACCGGCCGAGGAACAAGUAACGCAGUCAGCUCCCGAGGCUACGCCAGCGCCCGCUGCUCCUGAGGCUACGCCAGCGCCCACAACUCCCGAGGCGACGCCAGCGCCCACUGCUCCUGAGGCAACGCUGGCUCAAGCAUCUCCCGACGUGCCGGCAGAGGUACCGGCAGCCUCAGAGGUGACGCCCGCGCCUACAGCCCCGGAAGUAACGCCUGCUCCAGCGGCCCCUGAAGUGACUCCAGCGCCUGCAGUUCCGGAAGUUGAGACGAUGGAAACCCCUGCUCCCACAACACCCAUCCCCGAGACUCCAGCCACGCCGACGUCAGCGUCUACAGGCUCGGUGUGUCGCCGACGUAUGCGUUCCUAA